UCUAGCGCUGCAAGAGAGCAACUGUCGCGUGGUGCAUGAACGCGAUCUGAUUAUGACGCUCAUCGAUUUCCAAUUGUUCACCCUACUUCGCACAUCAUCCAGAAAUCUGUAUCAACAUGUAACUAUAUGUCAUUCAAAUCCACACCUAGUAUCAGCUAUAAGCAUGCGUCCAUAUUAUAUCCACAGUUCCAUUAAGUUUUUGAAUGUAGCAGCAUAUUAUGCUAAGAAAAAAUUGGCGGAAGAGGAGAAGAAAACGGAGGAGUUCGCGCAUCGAAUUGAAGGGCUCGAAAAGAAGAAUUUGCAAUUGAAACGACAGCUAGCUGAGAAGAACAGGGAACUGAACACACUCUACGACCGCUUGCUGCAGACUCUGUCGUCAAAACGACAGGACAGCCCUCUCAAUAGAUUGAACUCUCUCGCUUGCAGAGCAAGCGACGAACGAGAUGGGCUCGAAGGAUCGGUGAACGGUCGGCAUUCAUCUUCAAAGAGGACAAACCAGCCCCGGCGAAAGGAUCCUGGAGGUGGAAGUGCCGAUGCCAAUAUUAUGGCUCCUCCUCUAUACAAGAAAAGACAUCUCCAUUUGAGUGCUUAAGCUAAUAGAGACAGAGAGAGACAAAUAAACAAGAAGAAAAGUGCACAGACUUGACCAAAAACUCACUUGAAUGAAACUCACUUCACCACCUCGGCUAGAAUUUAUUCUUUUUCUACAUGUCUAAUUACGAUAGUGAAGAGGCAGAUGCCGAGUGUCGACGACGCAGCAGAAUUCUAGAAGAUAAACUGGCUACGGAAUCGCAAAUACGGCGCAGUCUGGAAAGGCAGCUCCAUAUACUAGAAAGUUAUCUCGGGACAUCUGAACAUCAAGCAGAUCGCAAUGCGCAUGAGCAUGAAUAUCCAGUAUAUCAGCAGGAAUAUCGGCGUGAACAUGAAUAUGGUGCUGCCGAAUUGUCUCCAUCAGGACUGCCUCAGCACUCUCCUUUGUUCGCUGUUGGAGGACCGAGUAAGCCUCAUCAGAAAAGGAUGACCGGUCUUCGGUGUGCAGACGGGCACGCACACGGAUCCGUCGGAAAUUACCAUGACGCAGAUCGACAUGCUGGUCACUUAAGACUUUGGAUCUCAUCAAUUUCAUCGACUGUUGAGUUUGUCUUUUCAGUUUUCUUUUUUGGAAUUCUGAAAGAAACAAAAGUAGAGGGAUGUAUCUUCAAAGAAUUAUGAUUAAUUUUUUCCUGCGACGAGAGCUCUAAUGUACACUGACCAGGUUGGAACGUCAGGUCGUUCUGCAGCUAGAGGAGCCAAGUACUAUUACAUCGUCGAGGAAGAAAGAGGAAUUAAUGAUGAUCAUCAUAAUCAUCUGAUUUUAAGACAACCCAAAGUGCAUCCUCAGCAUCAUCGUUGGUGUCUUUUUCAAGGGGAAAAAGAGCCCUCCGCGGAUGGUCUCACGGAUGCGACAAGAUAGCUCUAAUGCUGGCACAUUCAGCAGAGUGCUCGACAGUGUCGUGCGCAGCCUGUCGUCUUGAGCGAGGACUGUCGUGCUCGUGCUACCAUGAAAGCUACGCAGAGGACGAUGCCGAGUUCGUAGAGAGAGAGAGGAGCCAAGAGAACUACAGGAAGAGUUCCCAUGGUCACUGCCAACGGCCGCGAUGUCAGGAACGCGAUCUCAGGAACGAAGACGGUGGUGGACCUGCUGCGUCACUCGCUGAAAGGGGGGAUCAUGAGGAGUACUCAGCAAGGAGAAGAGGGGAAGAGGAAUACUCAGCAACAAGCUUCUCUGACGCUCGAUAUAGGACGCCGGAGCGCAGCGCGCAGAACAAGCGCCGACUAUCGCCGCAUUCGCAGCGUACUACGAGUCGUGUGCCGAAGACGCCUGCGUCUGUUUCCACUCUCAACGCAGGUGAUCCGAGUUGUACAGGAAUAAGAGGAAGAAAGAGUGGUGACCCGGAAGACGUACUUGCUGGGCCGUCGUCUGUCUUGGACUCAUCAUGCGCUUCUGAGCACUGUCCUAGAAGUAAACAAGCUGCUUCUACUGCUGAGUUGAAAAACGAACCCGCUACCUCUAGUACCAAAGAUGUACAACUUCUACAAAAUUCUGUGGCAAGAGGACAGGGAGUUGUGUCACCCAAGAAGGCGAAAGUGUCACCGCUUAAUCCUGAAAGGAUAGAGAACCCGAGAUCAACUGCGGAGGAUAGUGCGAGUGGUAGUAAGAAAUCCUCUUCUAGUACUGGCAAAAGUGCGAAGGAAAUUCGAAGCCUCCUGCAACGAUUGCGGCCUACGAGUCCCGUCUUGAUUUAUGGGAUCGAUGAUAGAAACAAAAUGAAAUACCAAUACAGAGAUAUCUAGCAAGCACGAGGAGGAGGCCACUAUAAAUGUCUCUUUCUAGUAUACUUUCUUUCGCUUGAUAUGGCUAAUAAGGCCUACCAGCAAGAAGUUAUGAGAAAGUGCGUUGUGCUUCAUUGGAGGGCCUCAUAAGUAGGCAGAAAUCGCGAUGACAUGACGUAAUAGUGUAUUUUCGUUCUUGGAGGUCUUUUCGCUACUACGUUUGAAGAAUUAUGCAGCAUGCUCUAAUCUACUUCGAGCUUCUCGACCGAGGGGACCGAUUUCAGCCAGCAGAUGAGCGAGAUCUUGUCGCACUUCAGAGCAGGUCAAGAGAGACAUUAGUUUUGUCUCUCGAAUAUUAAGGAAUUGCUUGUGGGAUAAACGCUGAAGAUACUUGCUAGUAUCGAAGACUUCGGGAAUGUGGAAGGAUGAAUUUCGCACAUUUUUUCGUUUCUUAUCUGAAUACGUUUGAAAUUUCUGCUCACCCUUUUCGCUAGGGUCUUAUAAGAUGUGAGGCCUGCUGUGAUCCUCGCGUGUGAUAAGUGUGUUUGUGU